AUGAAUGAAAACGGGAUUGCCUUGGCCAACGGCGCCCUCGAGGAGCAGGACUACGACAGCCCCAAGGCGCACCGCCUGCCGGCCCUCGGUCUCGAGAGCCACCAUGGCUCGUUCCAGGUGGAUGGCUUCAACCGUGCGCUUCAGCGCAACAGCACUAGCAGUGGGAAGUUGGCACGUUUUCUGUCACUAGGAAAGACAAGCCCAGAACAUCGGAAGAAUGCCACGGGUGGUUGGGACAGCAGCAUAUCUCUUGAUGAUAUGUUGCUCCAUUCGGUGGAUCCCAUUCCCACUUCACUGCUGAAGAUGCCAAACGACCAGGCAACCAAAGCUGUGAAGAUGUUCAACAGCCUGUUGAAGUUCACAGGAGAUGCCUCUUUCGAUGUGUCUGACGUGCAGCAGAUGGAGAUUGCCCAAAAGCUCCUUCACAAUGGCCUCAAGCGUGCAGAGAUGAAAGACGAGCUGUACAUGCAACUCCUGAAACAGACUCGGGGCAAUCCAAACUUUGAAUCUAAGCUGAGGGCCUGGCAGCUAUUCCAUCUUGUGGCAUCGACAAUGCCACCAUCCAAGGACUAUGUAGGUUUGGUGUCCCAAUACAUCCAUAGUGUCUGCCAUGAGGACUCAGAGCCUGAGGAGACGCGGCAGAUAGCCACGCAUACAUGGAAUGCGCUGAAGCGCUCAGCAAAGGCAGGAGCAAGGCGGUCGCUUCCUACUGUGGAGGAGAUCGAGGCGCUCCUGUCAAGGCGCAAGCUGAAGACCAUCAUCUUCUUCCUGGACGAGACUUUUGAGGAGCUAGAGUACGAUGUUACCACAACAGUGCUUGAAUCCGUGGAGCAGAUCGCCGGCCUGAUCGGCCUGCAGAAUCACACCACCUUCACACUGUUCGAGUGUCGCCGCUCGCAGCAGAAGGCGAUGGACACUGCCAUGGAUGAGCACACCCUGCUGGAUGACCACAAGUACAUCGCAGAUGUGCUGGCCGACUUUCAGAAUCGCAAGGCAGAGAAGGACACCACGCAGAGCCGGCUGCUCUUCAAGAAGCGGAUGUUCAGGGAGACGGAUGAGGCAAUCCAGGAACCCCAAUUUUUGAAUCUUUCAUACGUGCAGGCACAGCACGAUUUUCUUCUUGGGAAUUACCCCGUCGUUAGGGAAGACGCUGCCCAGAUGUGUGCCCUUCAGAUUUUGGCGGAGUAUGGACCGAAACUGAAGCCUGAGGACCGGGCCAUCCCAAGGGCGAUCGAAAAGUACAUGAGCCGGCAGUUUUUGAUGACGCGGCCAAGGGAGGACUGGAAGUUAGAUGUCAUGUCCAGGUACAAUGCCCUGAGCCAGUACACCAAGGAGGAUGCUAGGAUGCAGUUCCUCAGGGUGCUGAGGAGCUUGCCAUAUGGAAACUCUGUGUUCUUCCAUGUGAAGAGAAUAGAAGAUCCGAUUGGAUUGUUGCCAGCCAAGCUCAUACUUGGCAUAAAUAAGCGCGGCGUCCAUUUUUUCCGACCUGUCCCAAAGGAGUACCUACAUUCUGCAGAGCUCAGGGACAUCAUGCAGUUUGGCAGCAGCAGCCAGGCAGUGUUUUUUAAGAUGCGUGUUGCGGGCGUUCUGCAUAUAUUCCAGUUCGAGACGAAGCAGGGAGAGGACAUAUGCAUGGCCCUGCAGACACACAUCAAUGACAUUAUGAUGAAGCGAUAUGCAAAGGCAAAGGCGAUGGCAGUGGCAGAGGCCAGGAGCUCCACAGUUCUUCCCACUGCAAAUUUCGGUGCAAAGUAUGAGCAGCACAUCAGCCAGAUGCAGAAGAUGCUGAACGACUCACAGGCAAAGGUGGAAGAGCUCACCCAACGGGAAGAGGAGCUGAGAUAUGAGCAAGACAGGCUGAACGACCGUCUGGAGGAGACUGUGGAAAAGACCAUGGAUGUGGAAGAGUCCAAGAAUGAGCAGCAGGAGAAUGCCUUCAGGCUGCAAAGACAGAUCGACAAGAUGAGGGCAGAGUAUGAUGAGAUUUCAGCGGCAGUCGCAGCUGCAGAGCACGUGAGGGCAGGCCUUGUGUCAAAACAGUCCGUCGAUUCACUGAAGGUGAAGGAGCUGAAGAUCAUCCUGGAGCAAAAAACCAAUGAAGUGGAGGAAGCGAGUACCAGGGCUGUAUCACUGGAGAAGGAGUGUCAAAAGAUGCAAAAGGGCAAAGAGCUCACAGAGAAGAAGAUGAACCGAAUCGACAAGACCAAGGAGAGUGAGACCCGGGCCCUCAAGGAGCAGGUUGAGAGCGCCACUGGGCAGCUGAGGGACCAGCUGCACUCAAAAGACAUGAAGAUAAACGACUACAUGGAGCAGCUCGCCAAUGUGACAGCCAUGUUCAAUGAGAACAAGUCAGAGCUGGAACAAAUACAGACAGACAAGGAGGAGCUGGCGGAGCUGCUGGCGAUGAAGGUAGAGAUCGAGAGCAAAGACCGUGCAAAUGCUCACACCAUCGAGGCACAAGCGCGGAAAUUGGACAGGGUAGAGAAGGUGUACAAGGAAGAGCAGCUGCUGAGAAAAAGGAUCUUCAACCACAUGGAAGACAUGAAGGGCAAGAUUCGGGUGUAUGCCCGUGUUCGUCCAAUGCUUGGCCUGGAAUAUGAGAAGGGCCAGUGUGUUGCGCUUGCCAUUCCAGAUGAGCUCACUGUGUCGCAUUACUGGAGGAACGAGGCCAAGCCAAGGGAGUACUCAUUUGACAGUGUCUUCGAUCCAGAUGCCACCCAAGAAGACGUGUUUGAGGACACCAAGCACCUAAUCCAGUCAGCUGUCGAUGGUUACAACGUGUGCAUCUUUGCAUAUGGCCAGACUGGGUCAGGGAAAACUUACACGAUAUAUGGCAACGAGCACAGCCCAGGCCUGACGCCGCGAGGCAUUUAUGAGCUCUUCAGCAUUUUCGACAGGGACUCUGGAAAGUACAGCUUUGACGUCAGCUGCUACAUGCUCGAGCUGUACCAGGACACUCUCAUGGACCUCCUGUCCACAGCGAAAUCCAGCAAGUUUGGACCAGCAGGAUCGGGUAAGGAGGUCCCCAAGCUCGAAAUUAAGAGAGAUGUGAAGGGCAUGGUCAGCGUUCAGGGCGUGACGCGCGUGAACGUCACUUCGCCAGAGGAGCUCAUGCAAACCAUCGAGGACGGUCAGAACAGACGGCAUGUGGCUUCAACGCAGAUGAAUCGUGAGUCGUCACGCUCACACCUUAUCAUGAGCAUCAUCAUUCAGAGCACAAAUCUCCAGACUCAGGCCGUCACAAGGGGCAAGCUCAGUUUUGUGGACUUGGCUGGAUCAGAGAGGGUGAAGAAGUCGGGGUCCACAGGAGAGCAGCUGAAGGAAGCGCAGGCGAUCAACAAGUCUCUGUCGGCCCUGGGCGAUGUCAUAUCCGCCCUGGCCACAGACUCCCCUCACAUCCCCUACAGGAACCACAAGCUGACGAUGCUCAUGAGCGACUCCCUGGGCGGCAACGCCAAGACACUCAUGUUUGUCAACGUGUCCCCGACCGAUCAGAAUCUGGACGAGACCCAAAACUCACUCCUGUAUGCAACCCGGGUGCGCACUAUCAAGAACGACCCAAACAAGGACGAGACAAACAGGGAGAUCACCAGGUUGAAGCGGCACAUUGAUUAUUGGAAGCAGCAGGCACAGAUGCCUGGAAGUGACCGAGAUGUGGAUGCCCUGACAGCUGCACUGCAGGGGGGCGAGUGA